GUCAGCGCGCUGUUGCCGUAUUUUUCUCUUUAAAUUUUCGGCCUGAAUUCCGGAAACCUGAAAUUACCUCCAAAAAUAAUUUCAAUAACAAUAAAGUGAAUUCUAGAAGUUAAUGAAAAAAUAAUGAGACCUGUCGCUUAGAUAAAAGAGAAAUUCCGCGCGGGCAUCUUUAAAAAUUUUCUGUGAUAUAUUGGUCUUGGGACACCGGGCAUUUUCUACUCGAUUAGAAUAAACAUUUAGUAAUAUUUCAAUGAUUGUUGGCUUAUCACGGGGUAUCUAAUCAUCACGGAAUCACCCGAAGCAUUAACGAAUCGAGUGAAUGAUUGUAUACGAAAGAAGAUACAUUGAUGGGCCAGGGAUGCUAUCGUUCUAUUAUUAUUUUAUCAGUUGAAGACUCCAUAUGGUGAAGGAUUCAUAGUUGCUGUCCGAUUCUCUUAGAAAGCCUAACAUAUUUUAAUCAUCCUAAGUGAAUUUAACAGUCGUUUUUAUUUUUCCCUGCUGUUCCACUAAAGAAUGAUAAUGUCGGAUCUUAAUAGGCAAAUGUCCUUCAAAGUGACACAUAAAUAUUUAGUGAACGAGGAUGAGUCAUGCUGGGAUAUCCACGAUUGAUUCACAGGAGAAUCGUGAGGUGCACAAGCGGAAAAAACCAGGAUCAAAAAGUAUUGCAUCUUCCACGUGCAAGAUGGUGGGUUUUGGCAGUGGAGAAUCUCUCAGCAAAGCACUUGCUGAUGUUUCCACUGAGUUGACUGUGGACAGUGACAAUGAAGGUGACGAUGGAGACACCAGUCGAUUGCUCUCAUCAGGUGUUCCCAGGCACUUUGUUGAGGGAAUUAAAAAGACUGGGAAGAACGUCAAGCGUAUUGAGAGAACUGACGAAGAGAAUGUCUGGACUAUCUCAGUACAGAUGUUCAUACCUUUUCUACUGGCUGGAUUUGGUAUGGUUGCUGCCAGCCUCCUGCUGGAUCUAGUGCAGCACUGGCCAGUAUAUCUCCAGAUAAAGGAGGUAUACAUUCUGGUGCCUGCACUGUUAGGAUUAAAAGGAAAUUUAGAAAUGACACUGGCAUCACGUCUCUCGACUCACGCAAAUUUAGGUCACAUGGACACGAGUAGUGAACAGUGGACGUUAAUAAUUGGUAAUCUAGCGUUGAUACAGUGUCAAGCCAUGGUGGUUGGACUCUUGGCGUCCUUGGCAGCGGUGAUUCUCGGUUGGAUACCAGAGGCUCAAUUUGAUGUACAUCAUGGUUUGUUACUUUGUGCUAGUGCACUUGUCACAGCGUCAGUCGCUAGUUUCCUGCUUGGUCUUGUUAUGGUUGCCGUUAUACUUCUCUCCAGGCGUAUGAACAUCAACCCUGAUAAUGUUGCAACACCAAUUGCUGCAUCACUCGGUGAUCUGACGACCUUGGCAUUACUUUCUUGGAUUGCAUCGCUUCUGUUCAAUGCUAUUGGUCAACAGUCGUGGAUAGCACCCACAUUAAUUACAUGUUGUCUUCUGGCAACUCCAAUUUGGGGAUAUAUUGCCGCGAGAAAUCCUUUUACAAAAGAAGUACUUGAUUAUGGCUGGACUCCAGUCAUUUCUGCCAUGGUGAUAAGCAGCAUUGGUGGACUUAUCCUCGAUUACACGAUAUCGAGUUACAAGGGUAUUGCUGUUUUUCAACUCGUGAUAAAUGGGGUAGGUGGAAAUUUGGUAGCAGUGCAAGCCAGCAGGAUAUCGACUGCCCUUCACAAGGAGCAGAGUAGUGGUAAUCAUAAACAGAUUAGAGUCUGUAUCAGUCCGGUUUCAGUAUUUCUAGCCCCAGGUGGACAUGCUAGAACUGCCAGAGUUUUAUUGAUGAUGGUCAUUCCGGGACAUUUGAUAUUUAGUUAUACCAUAAGUUAUCUUCAGGCUGGUCACACUUCCUUCACUGCCAUUUUCAUAAUUGUUUAUCUAUUUGCCGCUGUUUUGCAGGUGGUUCUUUUACUGUAUAUCAGUCAAUUAAUGGUAGUUUGGAUGUGGACACGAGGUAUGGAUCCCGAUAGUUCGGCAAUUCCUUACUUAACUGCUGCUGGUGAUCUCCUGGGUACUGCUCUCCUCGGAAUUGCUUUCCACAUUCUCGAUGCAAUCGGUGAUGGUGAUUCAGAUGUUGGUGACUAAGAUAUCAUCGAUUCAUUCGUCAUCCUCGAAAAAAUUAUUGCCAGUUAUUUUUCCCGACACUUUUUUCUAAAGGAUCUCCAUUUAUUUCGGUCAUAAAUGCGAACUCUGAAAUAAUUCAGGAUCAAACAUCACUUUGUACCUGACAUUAUGUAUAUGUAGAUAUUCCUUAAUAUCUCGAAAGUUCACGAUUAAUGUGUGAAGAGUUUUUCCUUUUUAAUCGUUUUGUACAUAAGUUAUUUCAUUAUAAUAAUCUGUAUUUGACACGUAAACUGGAAUUUUUACGCGUAUGUACUUAGAAUGAUACUGGUAUUGGGUUUUGAUUGAAUGUGUCAGGAGGAUUGGAGUGUGAAUGCACGAGGAUAUAUCUACAAUGCGGUGCUAGAUGAAAAAUAUCAAAAGGUGAACCAAAAUAAUGUUUUUUUUUGUAUAUGAAUGAAACACGAUUUUGUACAUGAGAAAUACGCAAUUUUGAGCUUGCAGAAUUAUCCACUAUUGCUCCAAUGUAACAAAUUGCUGUGAUUUCUAGACUUACUUUUGGACUUUCUACGAUGAAAUAAUUGUUAUUUGAUAUAAUAAUUAAUAUGACUCAUAUUUGUAGAGAAAAUUUUUGACAAAGCAAAUUUAUCUACAUUACGCCAGUAUUGAAUGGUAUGUAAUAAUGAUAAUUGCAUGACCAACUAAUUCGACGAAGCAGAGAUAUUUUCAAAAAUUAUGUGCAAUCGUUUCUACGCAAAUAAUUAUUCCAUUGAAUAAAUUUAUAAUGAAUAAAUGUAAAAUGCCAUAUCUGUUACGUUUGCAUAAAUUGUAGUAAUAAUAAAGAAGAA